AUGCCCUCGCCUCAUUUUUCCAAUGUCCUCGUCUUCGGCGCCACUGGUGAGGUCUGCUCUGCUGUAGCACUCGAGGCUCACGCCCUUGGUGCUCGCGUCUCUAUCGCAUUACGCGACACAUCCAAGCACAACGAGUGGAUCUCGCCCGAACAAGAGCGCGCCGCAGAUUUGCAGCGUGUCAAGGCCGAUUUGACCGAUACGGAAGCCGUAAAGCGUGCUGUGAAAGAAACCGGAGCCCAGGCUGCUUUCAUCUAUGCCGUUCAUUCGGGAGACAUGCUGCGUGGAGCUAUAACCGCCCUUCGAGAUGUUGGUAUCCAGUAUAUCGUAUUUCUAUCCACGAGCCAGGUCCGGACUGCGGGUUUUAUCGAGGGCGACAUUCGGUCCAUAAGUCGUGAUUACUUCAUACCAUGGCAGGAUGCGCAGAUCGAGAUUGCGCUUGAAGAACUCAACAUGCCACAUACAGCGAUACGUGCUGGGUUCUUUGCAAGUAACCCGCUGCGACUUUACCUCGAUCAGUCUUCGGAGCCGAACUCAGUUGACUUGCUUGCCCCGGAUAUGCCUCAUGAUCCUAUCGAUCCAGCAGAUAUCGGACGUGCGGCCGCUGCAGUGCUAGUCAACCCUCGUCUGUACAAAAGCGAUCAUCAGGGGUCUCCUUCUAAGAAUAUCGUUUAUCUUAGCGGACCAGCGUUACUGUCUCAAACUGAGCAAUGGGAAAUCAUCGAUCUGGAGCUGAUGGCGGCUGGUAAGUGCAAAGUCGAGGUCAAUCAUAUCACGGUCGAGCAAUAUCUUGAGAAUAUGGCCAAGCGUCAUGUUCCCGAUAUGAUAGCCAAAUCGCUAGCCAAAUCAAUGAUGGAGACGAGGCCACUGUAUACUUCCGAGGAUUAUGAACAACAGCGCCUCAACGUUGAGCUAUUGACAGGCCGGAAGGCGGUAUUCUUCGAGAAUUUUGUCGAAAGAGAGAUACCAAGAUACUUCAAGUGA